AUGGAAUUGCCCAUAGACAUAGAUCUUCUUUUAAUUGGGAAGACAAGCAAUGGGAGAAGCGCUCUUGGUAACACGAUCCUGCGUAGAAAGGCUUUCCUCAGCAAAAGUUCUCAAGAAUCAGUUACCAAAAAGGUUGACUACCAUGUGAGUAAUUUUAACAACUUCGUCAUAAAAGUUUUUGACGGACCAGGUGUGGGGUACACUUGCUUAGACGAUGAGCAUUCAAAGAUUUUAGUAAUCAAAGCCAUGGAGUUUGCAAUUACAACCAACCCACGUGGAUAUCAUGCAUUUCUUUUGGUGACCGAAUAUGGAGGAAGGUUUACAGAUAAAGACCAGGACACCGUGACAUUUUUAAAACGAAUCUUCGGAGAGAAUUUCGUUAAAAAUUUUUGUAUUUUAGUUCUAACGAAUGGCGACCGUUUUGAGUCUGAAGACAACGGCUUAACAUUUGGAGAGUGGUGCAAGGAACAAACUGGAGUGUUUAAAGAACUGCUUGAAGAAUGUUGUCAUAGAGUUAUAUUAUUUGAUAACAGGACGGAAGUUGAAGCGAAGAAAAUGAAGCAACUGACAGAUCUCAUUGAAAUGGUGGACAAACUGCGAUUGAGAGGUCUUCGUUACACCGAUGAAAAUUUUCAAAAAGCCAGAGAAGCUCGCGAGAAGUUGAUGGUGGAAGCCAAGGAGCCAAGGGUAUGCGAGGAAACAAUGUAUGAAAUAAGUUUAAUUUUACAGAAACUUCAAUGGACACAUGAGAAUGUGGAUCAAAAAGACAAACGUUCCUAUUUUGAUGAUCUUCAGCAACGAGCAAAGAAUUUAUAUGACAACAUUCAGGUUCAAGACAAAGAAACUGGCGCACUCCAUGACAUAAUACAUACAACAAAAUCCGUUCAAGUCACUAUUGCUGAUGAGAUUAAGAUUUCACAAAUAGUCAUCCAAGAGAGGGAGAAAGAG